AAAGUAUUAAAGGUAAAUCAACGACUACCUUCCAUUUGACUUUUUUAUUGUGUUCGGAUCGGGAGUGAUUAAGCAUGAAUCCUGAAAUGGAAUUAGUUAAAGAAGACGUCGUCAUCUCAGGAAUAGGUGGUUACUUUCCGCAAUCCCUGAAUAUUGAAGAGCUGAUGAACAACCUCUUAGAAAACAAAGAUCUGGUCACAACCAGAUGGCGCCAGGGAGAGAGAGGCGUCACCAACCGCGUCGGAGUCGUACCUACCGAAUAUUUCGACCACUCAUUCUUCGGAAUCCAUCGACAGCAAUGCACCUACAUGGAUCCCAUGCAACGUCUGGCCCUCGAAAGAACCUUCGAAGCGCUGAUCGACGCAGGUGUGAACCCCACCGAGGUGAAAGGGAGAAGAAUCGGGGUAUACAUGGCGUCCGCUAUCGGAGAGAACGACAACCUCUUUUUGGAAUCCAUCGUGAGCGGGUUCGGCGUUACCGGACAUUCCCGAGCGAUGAUGCCAAAUCGUAUUUCCUACUGGUUAAAUCUGAAAGGUCCGAGCGUCGCUUACGACAGCAACUGGAUUGGAGGAAUGGAGGUGAUACGUCUCGCGUAUGAGGCCAUCAAAACGGGACAAUGUGAAUCGGUCAUUGUCGGUACCGCCAAUUUGGCGCUCAACGCUGAAUUUCAGUGGCUUUACAAUGACAUGGGGCUCCUCUCACCUGAUGGAUGUACCAGAGCGUUCGACGCCAAUGCCAAUGGGUACGCUCGAAGCGACGGCAUAGUGGUGCUUUACAUCCAGAAGGCCUCCGAAGCGAGACGUGCUUACGCCAGCGUUGUAAACGUGGCCACCCGAUUCGAUGGUAACCGCGAAGGAACCCUUCUUGACAUUAGCGUACCGAACAUGGUCGAGUUCAUGAACGAAUUCUAUGACAGAUCUUCAGUCAAGCCUGAAGAGGUCGAGUUCAUCGAAACGUACGGCUGCGCCAACAAGAUCACCGACGAGAAAGAGCUCGACGCAUUGGCGCAGGUUUACUGCCGUAACCGUAACGAACCUGUUUUAAUCGGAUCUGUGAAAACGAACGCCGGUCACAGCGAAGCGUCGGCCGUCAUGUUUUCCGUGGCGAAAGUACUCGUCGCCAUGGAAACCGGUCAAAUUCCCGCCAAUAUCAAUUUCGAGAAGCCUAACCCCAACAUUAAGGCCUUGGUCGACGGCAAACUGAAGGUAGUCACGCAGAAUACCGAGUGGAAACCUACGUACGCCGCUGUUAACGCGUUAGGGCUCGACUCGUAUUACGGACACCUUUUGCUGAAAGCCAAUUCGAAGACCAAGACCCAAAAGAUGGACGAUCUGCCUCGGCUUAUUACCGCUUCUACGAGGACCGAAGAUGGGAUCAAAAGUAUCAUCGAAAAGGUGAAAACAAAAACAGAUGAUCCUGAAUACUUCCACAUGGUUCAAGAUCUCUUUGCCAAACCUAUUAUGGGCCACUUGUAUCGUGGCUACACAAUAGUGGGUGUUCCAGAACCUAAGGAAGAAUUCGAGUAUCACCAAGGCACCAAGCGCCAGGUGUGGUUCGUAUAUUCCGGCAUGGGCAGUCAGUGGUGCGGUAUGGUGAGCGAUCUGAUGAAGCUGCCGGUAUUCGCGGAAGCUAUCCGGAAAUGUCACGAAAUUCUGAAACCGAAGGGCAUCGAUCUCAUGCAUAUUAUUACCACCUCGGACAAAACUAUAUUCGACAACAUCCUCCACUCGUUCGUCGGUAUUGCCGCCAUACAGAUCGGUCUCACGGAUUUAUUAAAAGCCGUGGGGAUUGUACCCGACGGUAUUAUAGGGCACUCUGUUGGUGAGCUUGGUUGCGCGUACGGCGACGGCUGUUUAACAGCCGAACAGAUGAUUCUGAGCGCUUAUUCCAGAGGAAAGGCUUCAAUAGAAGUGAAACUGAUUCCCGGAAUGAUGGCUGCCGUUGGAAUGGGUUACCAAGCUAUCAAAAACAAAAUUCCCUCUACCAUAGAAGUAGCCUGUCACAACGGUCCCGACAGUGCGACCUUGUCAGGACCGAAAGCCGACAUGGAGAAAUACGUCGCCGAGCUGCAAGCUCAGGGAGUGUUUGCCCGAUUGGUGAACGUAGCCAACAUCGCCUACCACAGCCAGUAUAUCAGACCAGCCGCCCCCAAGCUACUGGAGUACAUGAAAGAAAUCAUCCCUACCCCGACGCUCCGUUCUUCAAAGUGGGUGUCGACGUCCAACACUGAGGAUACGUGGAACGGCGACUUGGCUAAAAAUUCAUCUGCCGAAUACCACACCAACAACCUGCUGAGCGCGGUGUACUUCGAGGAAGGCCUUAAACACAUCCCUAAGGAUUCUAUACUGAUAGAAAUCGCGCCUCACGGACUACUGCAGGCCAUUUUGAAGAGGUCGUUGAAAUCGGGCUGUACCAACAUACCGCUGACUCAGAGGGGUAGUAAGAGCGGCUUGGAAUUUUUGUUGGGGGCAAUGGGGAAAAUGUAUUUAUCCGGAUUGGACUUGAACGUGUCUAACAUUUACCCGAAAAUUGAGUAUCCGGUUGGUCGGGGUACACCUUCUUUAGCGCCAUUUUCCCAUUGGAAUCAUUCGGAGUUGUGGAGGACCGGGCUCGAGGACAAACUCCACUCUCUCCUUUCAGUCAUAGAUCUCCAAGUGACGCUCAACAGCGAAGAGUUUAGAGAGUGCGUUGGUCAUCAGCUGGACGACACGAUUUUGUUGCCAUCUAGUUUUUAUUUGAACAUCGCGUACCAACUGAUAUCCAACAUCAGCAGCGGACACAAGGAAAUCGUGUUCGAAAACCUCUACUUCCGUAAACCCCUGCGUAUCCCGAAAAUAGGUUCCGUGCCUUUACACGCGAUGGUUCAAAAAGGUAGUGGCGAAUUCGAAAUCACCUCCAACAAGGAAAUAUUGAUGACGGGUCGGAUGACAUUUCCUCAAGCGACCGAUCAGUUUAUGAUCGAUCCGUACACGGUAGACGUUGCCGAUGACAACGUCCGUCUAUCUGGCACCGACAUCUACAACGAGCUCCAGCACAGAGGUCACAAGUAUUCCGGUCAGUUCAAGGCUAUCAAAUCUCUGGUAAUCGCCGAGGAAGGCAGCAAAGCGACGGUGCACUGGAACAAACGGUGGUCGAUGCUGAUCGAGGCCAUGAUCCAACAGCAAUUGGUGUUAACCGGCGAAAGGAACCAGGAUAUUCAAAUACCCAAAACUAUUCAGAAGAUCGCGAUCGAUUUGAAAUCCUUGCCGGAGGACAAGUGCGACUUGGAGGUGGACUUUGAUUAUGCGACCAACGUUGUGUCCACGGAUGGUCUGCAAUUGAUCGGGCUGCAAAUGGUUCCGCACGAUAAAGAAGAAAAAGCCGUUUACAUCGAUUCGUUCGAGUACGUGCCGCUGAUGGGGAACGUAUACACUAAAAUGGAAACUGGAAUAUGCGUCGCCUUGCAACUGAUGCUGAACAACUUCCACGACCAGUACAUUACUAACAUCAUGAUCACCGAAAUUCAAAGCGACAAUCUUCUCCAGCAGGGCAUCCAAUCCGCUUUGAGUCAAUACACCAAGCUCAACCCCAACGUUUCGAUCGCUAAAGACGUCAAGCAAGUAGCGAUACAACAUUCGUAUCCCCUGCUUUUGGUGUUCAACGACCAAUUAACGGAAGACAUAGCGAAGGUCGUGGCGACGACGCACGCUUUCCUGCUGGUCCAAACUGGGAAAACCAUCCUAUCCUAUCCGGAGCUUGUCACCGUGUCUGAGUUCUCCUACGAAGAUGUCAGCUACUCCAUUUUGAGGAAGGCAAACAUAACGGAAGUGUCAGUUGUAUCGGUAAAAGGUGACGCUCUGAGCAUAAAAGACUUAAAAAGGUCAACGGUCUCCUGGGUAAACGAGCUAUAUGCUUCUGUCGAAGCUGCGUCUUCGCAGCAUAAAAGGGUAUACUUGGUAUCCUCGGUGAUACCGACGGAGGGCUUCACGAACUUUGUCGAAGAGCUGAGGUCACAGCAAAACAUGGAAUGCGUUAGAGUGUUAAUUAAUCUAGACAAAGCCAAACCGGUAGAUGUGAAACAGCUACACAAGCAAGACCUGAUACUAUCGGUCAUCAAAGAUGGGAAGGACAACGCCUACCUGGCGAUUCCGAUCAAGUUCAAAGACCACUUAGCCAUGAACAACGCCACGAACAAUAUUAUGAAAAACAAAUUCGUAACCCAUCUUGGAAUUAAUUUGAGAGACGAAACGCUGAAUCCCGAAUUCGAAAAACCCAACGAGUUGGGUGUUCUAGAUUACUCCGGCACCUCCAGUAGCGGCCAAAGAGUCAUGGGCCUGGCUCAUCUGGACAGGGACACUUGUUCCAUCAUCCCGGACUCUAUCUUUACCUUUGACGUGCCGGAAAAUUGGACUUUAGAAGACGGAGCCACUAUACCGUAUGCCUACCUCAGCGCUUUCUACGCGCUGUUCACCAAAGGCCGACUCAAACCGGGGGAGACGGUCCUCGUUCACGCCGGCUGUUCACCGAUCGGUUUGGCCGCCAUUUCGAUCGCUAGCAUCAACGGAUGUAGCGUUUACGCAACCGUAUCCACGGAUUAUCAACGAGCCUACCUGAAGAAGCAAUUUCCAAACCUGAAAGACAGGAACAUCCUCAGUUCGGACAACUCGAGCUUCGAACCGCUGCUGAUGACGGCCACCGGAGGAAAGGGCGCCGACAUCAUCGUCAAUUGCCUCUCCGGUAGUCUAUUGCAAUCGUCACUGGCUUGUAUCGCCGACUUCGGCCGGUUCAUCCAUUACGGGAAGCACGACAUCGAGGAGAACAACAGUAUCGGGAUGUAUUGCUUCCUGAGGAACACUUCCUUCUACGCCGUAGAUUUCUGCGACGUCAUCAACCAAUCGAGCGAAAUCAAGGAAGAUUUGAAACAGAUGCUUCGGGAGGGCAUCGAGAAAUUGAGCGUCAGGCCACUGUUUAGGAGAGUGGUGGAUCAUCAAGACGUAGGCGCGAUCUUAAGGACCAUAAAACAGGGCGGUAACUUGGGAAAAGCCGUAAUCAACAUCGACAACACACUGUCUAUGAGUAAACUCAACGUCAAGAAGCCCACCCAGUUCAUUUGCGAUCCCAAGUCUUCGUAUUUGAUUUACGGGGGGAGUUCGGAGCAGUGGGCCGACAUAACCGAAUGGAUAGUUCUGCGGGGCGCCAAAAAAAUCGUAAUAUGUUCGGAAUCCAAGCCGCAGCAGAAUCACCUCAACAGACGUCUGUCGCUGCUCCAAACCUACUUCGGGGUGGACAUUAUCUUCGCUUCGAGUAGGACGCACGCGCGUGAAGGUGCGACCGAGCUCCUUUCCGAGGUUGACUUCCUCGGCCCCAUCCACGCCGUCUUCUUGUUACCUCCCAAGAACAAUUCGUCUCGCGUCAGCGACACCAAGCCGGUACAAUACAUCGACUACGCCCUAAGAACGGCGGCGCCCAAGGCGAUCUACGUAAACUUUAUCAACUCAGCGGCCGGUAUAUGCCAACUGAGGGCCGACGCUGGAUACACCAGCUACAACGUUCAGUGGUUGAAAGAGUACGAAUUCGGCGACGUGCUCGCGAGUCUGGACGACAUUUUGACCCUCAGAGUCACGAACGUGCUGGUCAUCAACGACAAGAGCGGGGAUACCAGACAGGAAAGCGCUCAAGCGUUAGUCAAGAAGUUGUCUCAGAUGCUGCCCGCGUCUCCCGAGGUCGUAGCUGAACGAUCCGAGGAAGCCCCCAAGGAGCCGGAAAUGAUCCAGAUCGUGACCGAAGGACCCAGGGAGAUGAGGGAGUUGGCUCCGUUGUUUAUAAUUCCCGGUUUGAAUACCGAGAAGGAGGUCGAAGAGCUUGGCAGGCAUCUGCUGUUGCCGACGUUUGUUGCCGUGUUGCCGUCGACAGCGACGCCUGUCAAAAAAUUGGCGGAGACGUACGCCAAGCAAAUCCUAGAAAUUUGGCCCAAAGGACCAUACAAUUUGGUAGGCAUCUCGUGGGGAGGGGUAUUGACUAUAGAAAUCGCCAAAAUUUUGGAUAAACUCAACGCGAGUAUUCACAUCUAUUUUAUCGACGGUGCUCCAACGACCAUCCAGUCCGCCAUUAGGCGACUAGGCGAUCAACCUAAGGAUAUGGAAAUUAACUUGCUGACUAGGAUAUUUAACAACACAGAAGCACAGGUCGUGAAAAAGCUUCAAUCACUAAAUGAUUGGGAAGCCAGAGUGAAAUUCCUAAUAGAUAUCUACAGCGGCGAUUCCAUAGAGAGGAGUUCGCUAGAAAAUGGUCUCAACGUAUUAAAAAAUCGCCUCCGAGAUGUGCUGGAUUACCAACCAGCCGAAGACUUGGUGUCGGGAACAAUCCAUUUGGUGAGACCCAACGAUUGCAGCGAGUACGACAAUUGCGAUUUGACUCUGUACUGCAAGCAAACGCCGCAAGUGUUUUUGGUGCACGGCGAUCACGUGACCAUCAUCGACCACAGGGAUACCGCCGAGUACAUCAACGAAACGUUCCAGUUGAUUUAACACAUUUUGGUGUACGCCACUGUUUAAUAAAAUCGAA